GUAAUUGGAGCGACGUGACCUGCGAUUCAGAAUCGUGUGGCUAGCAGUUGACGGGGUCAUAGCUGUAGACAUGAAUUUGGAGCGUGUCUUUUCUUUAUUUAGACAUUCCCUUUUAAAUAUGGAAGUAAAGAUCCUGGAUAUGAUGGGAUUCAGCAGAUUAACAGGUUUAGCGCCAGGGUUGGUGAUUCAGGGUCCAACAGUGCUUCCUAAAUCAAAUGGCCCUCUUGGUGAAAAUUCAGAGGAGCCCAACUUUCUUGAUAGCAUCUUUUGGAUGGCUGCCCCAAAAAAGAGGCGCACCAUUGAGAUAAAUCGCUGCAGAAGACGCAAUCCUCAAAAAUUAAUCAAAGUAGAGACCAACAUUGAGCUUUGCCCAGCCUGUGGAAAUCUAAAGCAAAAACAUGUCCUUUGUGGUUACUGUUAUGAAAAAGUUAAACAUGAGACGGCUGUUAUCCGACGACAGAUACAGGCACUUGAAGAGAAGCCCUUAAACAGCCCCAGUGUAGAAACAGUGGUCUUAUAUGAAGGUGAGAAUCCAGAAGAGGAUGACAAAAAUAAGAGGAUUGUAGAGAGAAGUCGAAAGCGCCCUAACUGGUUUUCACGAUACUGAAUGCAAAUCAUUUCAAUAAAUUUUUUUU